CCAUUCAGGAUUAAGCUGCGAGCCGCAACAUCUGUCGCUAGCCCAGCCAGCGGCGGGGAGCGCUGGAGCCCCGCGGCACCUGCGGGCCGGAGCCCGUCACAUGGCCCGGCCGGCUGGGAUUAGACGCGUCGCGCUGCAGUGAAAAGCCGCGGUGAUUAUCCGGGGGAGGCGGCUGGAGCAGAGCGAGCGCGGCCGGAGGGAGCCCCUCGCUGCAGCCACAUGGCCGCGGAGCGCUGCAGCGGGCGCCUCGCCCCGGACCAGGCGCUGGCCGGGAGCUGUGCCCAGGUCGAGUGACUGCGGGCCGCGGAGAAUGUCCUAUCUGCGCCCCCCGGGCAGGGACCUGGAGCGCUUCGACGGGCUCUCUCUCAUUUACUGGACACUCAUGGGACCGUAUGGAAUGGAUCGAACAGUGCACUGCAUUGAUUUCUAUGACUGUGCAAAUGGGCUGGGUAUUAAGGUAAUCGGUGGCGUCAAGGAGUUGACAAGAGAAGAAUAUGGAGUUUAUGUAAAGAGGAUCCUACCAGGCGGUGUGGCUUAUGCUGAUGGACGCUUGCAGCCAGGAGAUCAGAUCUUGGAGGUCAACGGAGAUUCUUUGAUUGGAGUCACGAGUGAGAGGGCUGUGGAUAUUCUCAGGACAGCCUCCGCCACCAGCCACAUGCGCCUUCUAAUAGCUCGAGAUGAUGAUGCCAGGAGAGAGUUCUCUGAGCUGCUGGAAAAGUUUGGAUCUCAUAGCAACACAGAAUCGGCACGGAGUUCUCCUGUUCACCACGGCGGCAGUAGAUAUUUGGAAAGUACAUCCUCGGGGUCUUCGUCACGUUCCCAGAGUCCUCUGCUGCUGAGCCCUGCAAAUUCUCAUGGCCCACUCAUUGGAAACUUGGCUCAUUCCCCACAGUCAAGCUCGCACUACUCCGUUGAAUCAGGGAUUCAGUGCAUCUACAUAGCAAAAUCCUCUGGGUUGGGGUUGACAAUCAGUGGCGGAUCUAACAGGCCAGAGGGUCCCAUGAUUUAUGUUCAAGAGCUUAUGCCAGAAGGGGACUGUUACAGAGAUGGGCGGCUUCGGCCUGGUGAUCAGCUAAUUGCCAUCAAUAAAGACUCUUUGGUGGGCAGCACAUAUGAAGAGGCCAGAAAAAUACUUGCAAAAACCAAAUUCAGACAUGAGGGAAACACAGAAGUGGCCUUUAUUCCUGGAAGGGGACGGUUACAUCCUGGACUCUCAGUUCAUAACAGCAUCCAAUUGCCACCUCCUAAAGCCAUGGGGAAUGGUCUUAACUCUUGCAGGUUGAAAGUCCAUGUGAGGUCACCUGAGACUAGACAAGAAAAUCUCUUUCCUGUGCCUUCUCCAUCCCCAGACAUUUGCCCCCCAGAGCUCACAAUAUCAGCGCCUGCUUCACCUUCUAGUCAGAGAGCAGCUUCGGGCAGCAAACCGAAAGUAGCGCUGGAUCCCCAUAUUCGACUCAAGGAUGGGAAAGUCGAACUGGUGCUGCAAUAUCUGGGUCUGGAUGUGACCGAGGAGAAGAAGAAGCAAUUACGGCAGAGUCUGAUCACAGAUUCGCAGGGAACAGUGGCCUAUGGAGAUUUUCUUCAAGCACUCAGGGAUCUGCUGCAAGAUGAGCUGGAGGAGGCUGGCCUUGAUGCCAGUUCUGUGCUAUUCACUCAGCACGAAGUGGCCAGUUUAUUGGAUACAUCUGCUUUUCACUCUCUGACUUUUGACUCUGUCAGCUGCACCGACGGUGAGGAACUGGAACAGCUUCAACUGGAAAUGACAGAUCUGCGGCAGGAAGUCCAAAGGCUGAAGUCUCUUCUGAAGGAGGUGGAAAGCAGCAAGAAGUCAAUGGAAUAUGAACUUCAGAGACUGAACCAGAAGGCGCUGGACUUCCUGUCUGAGAACCGGACCCUGCACAGCAAGCUGCAGGUGGCGGAGGUGGUGCAGCAGCAAGCCCACAGUGCAGAGCAGGACUAUGAGGAAGUGAUCCACCUGCUAGAGGCUGAAAUCACUGAGCUGAAAACUCAGCUGGUAGGGAAGAAAACAAAGCAUGUCUCCGAAGCAGAGAAUGUUCACAGAGUCCUGAGCACGCCCAGCCAGUUACCAGAUGAGACAAGAGUCAACAGUCGGACAGAGGAGGAUAAAACAGAAGCAAUCUCGGAUGCUUCUCUUCCGUCUCCAGAUCUCCUGGACCUGUUGAUAUCAGAAGCUAAAGAAUUGUUGGAGCCCAUCCUCGCUAACACCACAAAGGAUGUAUUGCCAUACAACUGGGACGAGUGCCUGACUGGGGAGGGAAACCUAAACUACAAGGACCAUCUUCAUCAGAAAACCACAUGGCCCCCUCCUCCGACCCAUAGCAAGAGUGAUGAGCCACAGCCCUCGAGCCCAACCAAGGAACUGCCUGAGAAGACUACAUAAAUCUCCUGAGAUGCACUCCUGUGCAUAAUCGUGUAUAUUCAUAACACAGAUGCUCUGCUGGGAGACAGACAGAAUGCAGAAUGGAUAGUUCAGUUUCCAGGCAGAGCAAAAAAUCCAUGAGUUUUCUGCUGAGACACUGAUUCUUCUGACUUGCCACCUAAGACUUAAGCAGCAAACCCACCCGCAUGGCUACCUCUGAAUUAUUAUACAAGGCUGUUCUCUCUUGGUUCUGCAGCUUUAUAAACAACAGGAAAGUUAUCGCUGAGGGGAUGUGAAUGCAUGGACCCCACAGGCAGGCAGCCUUUAGAGCUGGCAUUCUAUACAGAAAGAGGAGCAUGGACUAACCAGAGAAGGACACAUGGGUCCUGAAAGGAUUUCUUUUGGGGAUUUCAUAUGUGAAAAACCAAAGUAAACUUAAAAACAACAAGGAGUCCGGUGGCACCUUAAAGACAGCUUCAUUUGGGCAUAAGCUUUCGUGGGUAAAAAACCACUUCUUCAGAUGCUUAGUGGACUAUAGUGAAACCAACAUACUCUGUAGUGUCUAUAGCUGUCUUGGAUCCAUAUCAUGUGUUUUUUGUAAAGCUUAUCCCAGCUGCAAUGCUUGAAGUGGAAAGAAGAAGCCCAGAGGUAGCCAACAAUGUCAAUAAUGUGGUACCCGUAAGCUGUGCUGAGCACAGAAGGGACACCAUGGAACAUGUUUCAGUAAAAGUGUGGUGUAACAUUUUGGAAACUAGACCCACGUGGUUCAAGGUUUUAUGGGGUUAGUAGUGAAAAUGGUAGAGAUCUGAUAUGAAAGCACAGUCUGGCAAAUAAAAUGAAAACACUGCUUAGAGGGUGUUUGAUUUCUGAGCUGGUGAGGUUUGGAGUUGGUCGGUUUGAGUCUCUGGGAUGAGUUUAACCUGCUUGGGCCAGCUGCUUCUUAGCCUCAGUUUUUCCCUUCUGUAUUACAGAUAUUGGCAACUAAUAACAAGUUGAACUGAGAUAUCACAUUACAAAUGGGCAUGUUCUAGCCUUUUACCCAGGAACUUUUAAGCAUAGCUUCAAAUUUCCUCUUUGGGACUUAAAACCACACAGGUCCCACACAUUGUAAAAGGAAGGCCUGUGCAUAAUAAUAAUACCCUGUUUUAACAGGUUUGGUCACCGAGACCCCCUUGGGACUGUCACCUGAUGUGCUGAAACUACCUCUGAGCCCAUUUUCCCUGCCAGCUUGGGACUCCAGAACA